CGACAGAAAGGGGACAAACGAUGGCAAUGUCGUCGAACGAUUUUGAGCUCUCCAUUCUGGUCGUACGUUGCUAGAUUUUGUCGUCCACCCUCAGACUCUCUACAAACCUUACUUCCCCGAUCUCAAAUCCAAAGAGUUUCACCUCAAUCUCUCCGCCCCGCCCCCUCCUCCUAAACCACGGGGAGGAAGAGGAGAUAAUGGGCUCGCCGAUUUGAAUCAGAAAAUCCAGAAACCCCUCCCAUUUUCUGCGUUUCUCUUUAGAUGGUAAAUUUCGGGUUGAGUAAAGUUCGGAUCUUUACUGGGUUUCGCUGGGUCUAUUGAAUUUGUAAGCUUGAAAAGGGAAUUGGUUAGCAGUUAGGUUGAAUCUUUUCCCCCAAUCUUGUUACAUUCACCAAAAUGAAGCAGUUUUGGGACUACCUAGGGUUGGUAGAAUGAACAAGGGAGAUCCGGAUAGUGUAGGCAUGCUGAGGAGCAACAGCAUGCUUGAUUUGGAAAGUGGCGGAGGGAUUUUUACCGACGAUGAUGAAUUCAGGGGCUACGGCGGCAACAAGAGGCAUGCGAAGAAGAAGCUUAAUAGGUUGAGGAGUGGUUCAUUGGGGAACCGGUUAGGGCUUAUAAGUUCGAGCCGUUUAGGGCUUAGUUCGAUUGGGAGUGAUGGUGCGGAUGAGAACAACGACAAGGAGAAGAGCAGGCUUGGAAUGGGAUUGGGAAAGGGAUCCAAGCGGCCUCCUAAACCGCCUCGACCACCAAGGGGACCAGCACUGGAUGCUGCGGAUAUGAAGUACAUUAGGGAGAUAUCGGAGCUUUCAAAGGUCAAACAUGCAAGGAUUGAGCGUAUGAGGUCGCUCAGGAGCAAGAGGGUGGAUAACAGAAAUUCUCAGUCCUCUUCGUCGUCGUCGUUGGGUGCUAACAUUCUUGCUAUGGUGGUCACCGUUGUCUUCUUCGUCAUCAUUGUCUUGCAAGGUAGUCAGACUCAGCUGGCCAGGAGUGCCUACACUCCAGAUAACUACUUCAGUUCCAGGCCUGUCCAAGCACAUAAAGAUUAUUGAAACUGGCUUAACUGGAUUUUGCAUGGAUGCAUGUCGCUCAAUCUUCCUCAGCAGCCUCACCAGUGUAUAUGGAGUGAACUUUCAGAGUUUACAGCUGCGGCAUAUCGGAGUAGAAAAGGCCCGGUCUGGGACUGCCUUGCCCUAUCGAAGGCAAGAGACAACUUAAGGAGAGAAAGAGAGUGCCUCCAAGAAAACUAAUGUUCCCAUUUGUAUAUUGCAAUUUACCAGCCGACUGGGGAAUGUUUUUAACAGUUUGACACUUCAUCCAAUAAAUUGAUUCUCAGAGCU